AACAACCACAGCAAGAAAACACAACAGCUAGAGAUCGAAACCAAGAAGAUGCAGCACGCCAAGGUGAAGGUGAAGGACAGCGCGAGCGCAAUGAAGGCGAACGCGACGAUCACUCGGGCCAAGGUGGCCGAGAAGGCGGAGGCGGCGACGGCGAGGUCGCACGACGAGCGGGAGCUGGCGCACGAGCGCGGCCAGGCCAAGGUCGCCGCCGCCGAGAUGGAGCUGCACCAGGCCAAGGUGGCGCACCGCGAGGAGGCCAUGGAGCACCGCCUCCGCAAGCACGUCCACGGCCACAAGAAAGACGACAAGCACGCCGGCGGUCACUGAUA